UGCAAGGCAGGCAGCACAGCCGCUUCACAGUAGAUGAGCAAUAGAGAGCUAAGUUAGAGGAAUAUGUCUCCACUGUGAGCACCAGAAAGGAAAUACUUAGAGCAAAGGAAACAGGAGCUCAGCUGCUGCUGUGUUGAGAGAAGCUCAGAGGAGAGCCCAGAUCCUGUCGUGGGUAAAUCCCCUGCCGUCGACAGUUGCCCUGUCGAGUGGCACAGCGUUCACGUCCUCUUGCUCCUCAUGUUCCUGGGAGCUGAGCGGAGGGCAGGGCGAGGAGACACAGCCUGCCAGCCGGAGUCACAAGCACUGUGAUUGGGAUUGGGAUGGGGCUGCACAGGAGGCUGCUUUUUGCCGUGCUCACGGUCUCGUGCGUCCUUAUUGUCUACAUUCUGGCUUUGACCCUGGAGAGGCCUCUGGUGCCUCUCUACGACUUCAUACAGAGGGCAAGCAGCGUCUCAUCCGAGGAGCCUCUCGACGGGCCGAGCAACAAUGCCCACUUGACCUUCCUGCCCCCAGUGCCCAGCUCGCAUCCAGACAGGGAUGUAGGGAAUUUGUUCCUAAAGCAUCACAAAGUGCAAAAACAAGACCUGGAUAAGGAGACAUCCAAGUCCAGAUCUGAUGAUGCCAAUAAUAAAACCAGGAUCAAUACCAAACGGCCUACAGUGAAGCCUGCUCGGCCAGCCAAACCUACGGACCCUCCCUUCAUAGGAGACUCGUACAUGAGCGAAGACGUCCCUUCACAGACGGGCUGUCCAGACAGCAUCCGAAGUCGGGUGGGGAAAACUGAAUUUGGAGAGCGAUUUCUGGAAAGUAUUCCAGUUUUGCAGUGGGCCAAACACGCGACACCCGAACAGCACCGGCGUCUGAGCCGUUAUCCAGGAGCACACGGCUGGGGAGGGAUCGAUUACAACACACUGGUGGAAACACUCUCUGUCCUCAACUCUCCUGCUAACUGGCAGAUGUUGGACAACUGGAAGGCUCCUGGCAAUAAGUCAGCGUGCAGUCGCUGUGCAGUGGUGGGGAAUGGAGGGAUACUGAAGAACUCCCAGAAAGGGAAGGAGAUCGACAGCCAUCACUAUGUCUUCAGGACCAACGGGGCAAUCAUUAAGGGCUUUGAGGAGGACGUAGGGUCUCGGACCACCCACUACACGUUCUCCACAAACACGCUGAUGAAUUCCAUGUUGAGCUACGCAGGUGUCGGGUACAGACGACCCCCCAUGUCUAAGGAAACGCGGUACAUUUUCCUGCCGGAUCACGACCGAGACUACCUUCUGAUGAAAGCGGCGGCGACGCACACCCUGGUGGACAGGGGGCGUGAGAAGGGCAAAAAUCCAGUGAAGUACUUUGGUGAGGAUGUGUCAGCAGAGAAGUUGAAGAUGUACCAUCCUGAUUUCAUCCGUUACCUCAGAAACAGAUUCCUCAGAUCUAGCACUCUGAAAAGCAGAUUCAAAGACAUCUACCGUCCAUCGACCGGUGCCACGAUGCUGCUGGCGGCGCUGCACAGAUGUGAUCAGGUAAGUGCGUACGGCUUCAUGACCCCAGACUACAAGAAAUACUCUGACCACUAUUACGACAAAAACUAUCACCCUGUGGGCUUCUACGCCAACCACGACCUGCGUAUGGAGAUGAAUCUGUGGCAGCAGCUGCACAAGGCCGGCCUCAUACGGCUCUACAUGCGCAACUAAACCAGGAUGAUGAGAAAUUUCAUCACUCCAUCUGCACGCGGAUCACCAGCGUAGUCACAGGGAGACCUGUGACACUUCACAACUUUCUGAAAUAAACGUAAAACCACAGAUGAUUUAUUUUCAUGAAGGAAAUGAUGAUAAAUUUGAUUUCUAAAGGACAGCUGCUGUUAUUGUUCAGCAGGGAGAUCAGAGUUAUGGGACUAUUAUUUGUUUUGCCUCUUUUUAAAGGAACCUUUCUGUCCUGGGAAGCAUUAUUUUGGUGACUGGUAGGGGGAAAAUGGAUCUUAUUAUGUUAAUUUAAAAGAAAGAAGCGAUUUUUGGAUUAAAGGGCCCGCUGGUCUGGACCACGCAAUCCUGUGACGGUAAAUCCAAACGGUGUAAGCUGUGAGUCACAAUCUCUAAGAUACUGUCAGACUGUUAAGAUGCUUUCAACAACCUCAAAGGGGAGCUCUUCUCCUCCUGCUCCUCCUCCUCCUCAUCUUCUGUCAUACAUGGGCUCUUCCAGUGUUUCACUUACCUGCUGGUUAAACCAUCUGUUUAUGAGGGGCAACCAAUAAGAAGAAAGGUGGCUUGAAGGAAGCUAACGUGGUUCAUUUCAAACAGAGAAUAAACUGAGGGGCUGCACCAGUGUAAGAUUUACUUUGAACUGUGCUACUCUGGUAGAGUUCAAAAUCAUGACUGUAAAUCUGGGAAUCGGCAGAAUACAUCAGCUUUAGUUAGAGUUGAAACACUCCAGAUAUGCUAUUUUUUUUUUUUAAGUGUUAUUUCCUCUCUUUGAAUAGAUGGGCACAGAUUCUUGUCUAGUUAAAGAGGGAACUGAUUUGCUAUUGUAAAAGUUUGAUUGUUUUAAAAUUAUUUCAUUAUCUCUGCAGACAAUCUGUGGUGUGUGAUUUAUGGUAAUAUUUGGCUUUCCUGUGAACCUUUCUGCUGCUGCUACAAGCUGAAGUGGGAACUGGAAAUUGUCCCUUCUGUCUUGUUAUGUAUUUAUUUUCAAACCAGCAAACCACCAAAAAAAUGCUUACUCUGAGCACUUUAGAUCGUAUCAUACAAUCGGUCUCUGGCAAAGCUCAAGUUAUUAUUGCUUGACACAGCGAGACCGCUCUCGAGUUGGCAACGUGCUUAAAAUAUCCUGUCCCCGCCCUAAGUGACGGUCAGAGCACUGCUGGCAGUGACCACGGCCCAUUUUUAUGUGUUUUCUGUUUUUUCUGUGUGAGUUUACUGUGGAAUGAAAAGGGAAAUACUUCAAUGACUGUGACUUUAAAGCUCACUGCAACAGAUUAUUGAAACAAAUUAAGUAUUUAGUUUAAGGGACUUAAUUUAUUCUCUUGUUUUAAACACAUUUUAAUUUCUUUUUUUUUAACACUUAAUUACACUUUGUGGCCUCUACUGGACUUUCAGUGCCUUCAAUGUGAAACAGCAGUUUGGGUUAAUUACUGUAACUGAACUGAACUUUAUUGCCAGACUCCUUCAGCUCUGACUCAUCAGCUUCUAUCUCUGAACUGACCGUGGGGGGUCUGCCCUCGACUACAUGGAUGUACUGUCUUCAAGCUUAAAGGGGAUUUUAUUGUAUUUUAUUAACAAUACUACAAGUUUGAAGUGGAAGGAAGGUAACCAAACCAAAAACGGUCAAAUCAGGGAAUGUGUGUAUUUAAAAUUAGCCUUCUGUGUUAUUAAAUCAGUGCAGAAAAAGCAAUGCAAUAUUUCCAGCAUUUCUGCAAACUGUAGAGGGGAAGGGGACUUCUGGUUUAUAUACGGUGCAAUGAUUGAUUGUGAUUUUAUCCUUUUUUAAAAAAAUAAAAUCCAUAUCUCAGUGA